UGGUGGUUAGCAUUGGAUUGCGUUGGUUUGUUUCUAGUUAGUAAAUCCUGCCGGUGGUACACGUGCUAUUGGAUAUUGAAAAUCAUAAAUGAAGAAUUAAAAUUAAUUCGUGUCGUAAGUUAAACACUUAUGUAUACAGAAGGAGCUUCAUUUAUGGAGGCUGUUGUUUCCCUUUUGGAAGAACCACAUUUGUGGUGUUAUGGGAUUACAUUAUCUGUAGCUGGCAUAUCUGCUUACUUGAUAGAAAAAUUCUUAUUCAAAGGAAAGCUUUUAUGCCUGACUGGUGCUGGUUUGGAUUCUGAUUUUUCUUCUGGAGAUGAAGAGGACGAUGAGAAUAGGUGCAAUAUUAUUUUUGGGACACAGACAGGAAAUGCUAAGAACUUUGCAGAAAAGUUGAAAAAUAUUUUAGCUGAAUAUGAUUGCAUAGUUGAAGUACAAGACAUGAAAGAUGUGAAGGAUCCUGAAGAAUAUUUGACUACUCAAGCUAUGAGAGGAAGUUUGUGUCUUUUCAUAAUUUCGACAUAUAAUGAUGGACUCCCUCCUGAAGAUUGCCAGUGGUUUUGCAAAUGGUUGAAAGAGGCAUCCUGUGAUUUCCGGGUCUCUCGCACAGCAUUGCAGGGAUUAAGUUAUGCUGUUUUUGGUCUGGGAAAUUCGAGUUAUGGUGAAAAUUUUAACAAGGUUGCAACUGAAAUAAAUGGUCAGCUUGUUAAAUUGGGUGCUCUUCCUGUGCUUGAAUUAGUAAAAGCAGAUGAAAGUGAUUCAGAAUUAGGUUUGGUUGGAAGUUUUUCAAAAUGGCAUACAUCUUUGAUCAGAUUGUUAACUAAAAAAGAUGAUUUAAAUCUAGAUCUAGAAGAUGCUUACAAGAGUAAUAGUGAAGAAGAAGAGGAGGAGGAGGAAGAAGGUAUAGUGGAUUUAGAGGACUUAGGAAAUGCAUGUGGUGUUUCAAAUAUCAAGGAAAAAUCAACGCAAGAACCCAAAGAAAUGAUAACUCCUCUUCUGCGCAAAUCUCUUACUAAACAGGGCUACAAGCUUUUAGGUAGUCAUUCUGGAGUUAAAAUGUGUCGUUGGACUAAAUCCAUGCUUCGAGGCAGAGGUGGAUGUUAUAAGCACACAUUUUAUGGAAUUGAGAGUCACAGGUGCAUGGAAACUACUCCAAGUCUUGCCUGUGCAAAUAAAUGUGUGUUUUGCUGGAGACACCAUACUAAUCCUGUUGGAACAGAAUGGAAAUGGAAAAUGGAUGAUCCUAAUGAAAUUGUGGAAAUGGCUUUACAAAAUCACUAUAAUAUGAUUAAUGAGUUUAAAGGUGUUCCAGGUGUGCAGCCUAAGAAACUUGCUGAAGGAAUGCAAGUGCGACAUUGUGCCCUGUCAUUAGUUGGUGAACCCAUAAUGUAUCCAGAAAUUAAUACUUUAAUCAAACUUCUACAUGCUAAAGGAAUAUCUUCAUUCCUUGUGACUAAUGCUCAGUUUCCUGAUGCCAUACAAAAACUAGAACCUGUUACACAACUAUAUGUUUCAGUUGAUGCCAACAGCGAACAAAGUCUGAAAAAAAUAGACCGUCCUCUCUUCAGAGAUUUCUGGCAACGUUUUCUUGACAGUUUAAAAGCUUUGGAUUCAAAAGGUCAACGUACUGUUUACAGAUUAACCUUGGUCAAAGCAUGGAAUACUGAUGAAUUGGAAGGUUAUGCUGAUUUAGUUAAAAUUGGAAAUCCAGAUUUCAUUGAAAUCAAAGGUGUUACAUAUUGUGGUACUUCAUCUGCCAGCAAAUUAACUAUGCAGAAUGUUCCAUGGCAUAAUGAAGUUGUGGACUUCAGUAAAGAGCUGCUUAAAUACCUGCCUGAUUAUGAAUUGGCAGCUGAACAUGAGCAUUCCAACUGCAUACUAAUUUCAAAUAAAAAGUUUUAUGUCAAUGGAAGAUGGCAUACUUGGAUUGAUUACAGCAAGUUUCAUUACUUAAUAAAAAGGUAUGAAGAAUCGGAAGGUGCAGAAACAUUUACCAGUUUAGAUUAUAUAUGCCCAACUCCUGAAUGGGCUGUCUAUGGUGCCAAAGAGAGAGGAUUUGAUCCAAAAGAAAUUCGCUUUUUCAGAAAAACAAAGAAAGAUAUCUCUGGUUGCUAAUUGUGCAAAAAAGAAAGGAAAAGAAAAGCAACAUAUUAAUGCAUUGAUGUGAAUGUAUGCAAGUUUUUUUAGUCAUGUGUGCCUUGUAUGUUUUGUAGUCUUUUGCUAUUUAUCAUGAAUGUUUCAUUGUCACCAUGUAAAAAUAACAUUCAUUUCACACAUUAAAAGUCAUAAUUGUUGUUAAUGAGCAUUUCUUCAAGAAACAAGACUGCAGAGCCCCCUAAUUUAAGGAAUAAUGAAUUACGAAAGCAGUUGCUGAAUUACUACAAAGAAAGAUAUCUUUGGUUGCUAAUUGUGAAAAAAACAUUGAUGUGAAUGUGUGUGACUUUUUAUAGUAGGAUGUGCUUGUGUAUGUUUUGUUGUCUUUUGCUAUUUAUCAUGAAUGUUUCAUUGUCACCAUGCAAAAAUAACAUUCAUUGCACUUGCACAUUAAAAGUCAUGAUGUCACCAUUGUUGUUACUGUGCAUUUCUUCAAGAAAUAUGACAGCAGAGCUUUUUUCCCCCUAAUUUAAUAAAAUAAUAAAUGAAUUAUGAAAGCAGUUGCUGAUCUACUACAAACAAAUAUCUUUGGUUGCUAAUUGUGCAAAAAACAUUAAUGCAUUGAUGUGAAUGUGUGUAACUUUUUAUAGUAGGGUGUGCUUGUGUAUGUUUUGUUGUCUUUUGCUAUUUAUCAUGAAUGUUUCAUUGUCACCAUGCAAAAAUAACAUUCAUUGCACUUGCACAUUAAAAGUCAUGAUGUCAC